UGUCAUCAAGAAACCAUCGGGAAGAUGCAUGCAAUUUGCCAUGUGUUUCUGGGUCUAACUUGUUCUUUUUGUGCUCCUGAGUUUUGACCCUUUACAAAAUAUAACGUAUGUUUCCUCUUGGAAAUUUGAACCAGAAUAGCGUGCCAAAAACCUCAAGGACUUGCUCAUUCAAAGGUCUCACAAACCCUUACAGCAAGGAUCAAAGCGAACUGGAAAGUUCCAUGUGUUCUUCCCAAUCAAAAUAGAGGUUCAGAGCCACCACCAAGUUUUUGCCGCACCUUUCAGGGAAGAAAAUUUCUCCACAUUAUUCUUCUGGUGUAGCGCUUGCAAAAAGGCCUGGACUUGGAAUUACAGUUUCAUCCUCCUCCUGGCUUCAGUUUCCCAAAGACCCAAAAGAUAAAAAUCCAUUAUUGAAUCAAGUCAUGUCAGUUUCAACAAGCUCAUGUGCUGUUGCAAAGCAAUGCUUGAUGGCCGAAAGUGGAGUUGAGCAGAUUGAAUUGCUCAAUGCACAUGAUGAUAUACAUGGGGGAGUUAUUGUAGACAUGAAAGACCAGCCCAUGGAUUCUGAGGUCUUUGGUUCUUUGCUCAAAGCUUCACUGUCAGAAUGGAGGCAAAAGGAAAAGAAGGGUGUUUGGAUCAAAUUGCCGAUUGAACUCUCAAAUCUUGUUCAUGCUGCAGUUCAGGAAGGAUUUACUUAUCACCAUGCUGAAUCAGAUUACCUAAUGCUUAAACGUUGGCUGCCUGAAACUGUUGAUACUCUUCCUGCGAAUGCCUCUCAUCGAGUGGGCAUUGGUGCUUUCAUCAUGAACAGUAAGAGAGAGGUGCUUGUGGUUCAGGAGAUCAAUGGCAGAUUCAAAGAUACAGGUGUCUGGAAGAUGCCAACUGGGGCUGUUAAUGAAGGAGAGGAUAUUUGUGCAGCAGCAGUUAGGGAAGUCAAAGAAGAGACAGGAAUUGAGACAGAGUUUGUGGAAAUAUUAGCGUUCAGGCAAAGCCACAAGUCAUUCUUUCAAAAAUCAGAUUUAUUUUUCGUUUGCAUGUUAAAACCGCAAACCUUUGACAUACAGGAGCAGAAUCAAGAGAUUGCAGCAGCCCAGUGGAUGCCAUUUGAGGACUAUGCAGCUCAACCCUUUGUCAAACAAAACAAACUCUUUGAUUAUGUAGCAGAAAUAUGUUUGGCAAAAACAGAUGAGCAUUAUACUGGUUUUACUCCUCUAGCAACGACUACAUCCUCCGGAAAAGCAAGCUACUUGUAUUUCAACCACCGGGAUAUGGGUGGCCUACUCACUUCUGAUAAACAACAGUAGAAAAAUUGAUCCAACUCCAUAACAUAUAUGCAAGAACAAUUCCUGUGAAUCACCAUUGUUGUAAAAUCCCUUCUAAUUAAUGUUAUAAAUAGUGUCAUACCUUUCAUUC